AUGCUCCGAUCCGUUUCGAAAUUCAGAGCUCCCCUCGCCCGAUCUUGUCGAUCCUUCACCACCAUUGGAGUGCCUGGUACCCCAGGAAACGGUACCUUCUCCAUCCCUGAAAUCAAGAACGAGCCCGUCCGAGACUUUGAGCCGGGAUCCAAGGACCGCCAGGGCGUCCUCAACUCCCUGAAGACAAUCAAGGAGUCUGUGCACGAGAUCCCCGUCGUCAUUGCCGGCCGAAAGUACUGGUCCGAGAAGACCGGAUCCCAGUACAACCCCUACGACAAGAAGGAGAUCGCCAAGGUGUCCCAGGCCACCCCCGAGGACGUGACCUUCGCCAUCGAGACCGCCAUGGGCGCCAAGAAGGAAUGGGCCAACGCCUCCUUCGCCGACCGAGCCGCCGUCUUCCUCAAGGCCGCUGAGCUCAUCGCUGGCAAGUAUCGAUACGACAUGCUUGCUGCCACCAUGAUUGGCCAGGGCAAGAACGUGUACCAGGCCGAGAUCGACACCACCUGCGAGCUGGCCGACUUCCUGCGAUUCAACGUUAAGUACGCCCAGGAGCUCUACCAGGUCCAACCCGCCGAGAACUCGCCCGGCGUGUGGAACCGAGCUGAGUACCGAGCCCUCGACGGUUUCGUCUACGCCGUCACCCCCUUCAACUUCACCGCUAUCGCUGCCAACCUGGUUGGUGCCCCCGCCCUCAUGGGUAACACUGUCGUGUGGAAGCCCUCUGCCGCCGCCGUGCUCUCCAACUACUACCUCUACCAGAUUCUGAUUGAGGCCGGUCUGCCCGAGGGAGUCGUCUCCUUUGUGCCUGGUAACGCCCAGGAGGUGACCAAGACCGUUCUUGGCUCCGAGGACUUUGCUUCUCUGCACUUCACCGGCUCUACUGGUGUCUUCCAGACUCUUAACCAGGAGAUUGCUGCCCACCUGCCCGAGUACAACUCCUACCCCCGAAUUGUUGGUGAGACUGGAGGAAAGAACUACCAUCUCAUUCACCCUACUGCCGACCUGUCCCACGCUGUCAAGUCCACCGUCCGAGGUGCCUUUGAGUACCAGGGCCAGAAGUGCUCUGCCUGCUCCCGAGCCUACGUCCCCGAGAACAUGUGGGAGGACUUCAAGAAGGAGAUCCAGGCCGAAGUCAAGAACGUGACCGUCGGUGAUGCCACCACCCCCGAGGGCUUUGCAUCUUUUGCCGGUCCCGUCAUUCAUCAGCAGUCCUUUGACAAGCUCAAGGGUGUCAUCGAUGCUGCCAAGAAGGACGACUCUCUCGAGCUGGUCGCCGGAGGCAAGUACGACGACUCCAAGGGCUUCUACGUCGAGCCCACCAUCUACGUGACCCGGGAUCCCGAUCACCCCAACCUCAAGACCGAGUUCUUCGGCCCCAUUCUCACCGUCUGCCUGUACGACGAGGUCAAGUUCCUCGAGACCUGCGAGGUUGUCGACAAGACCACCAAGUACGGACUCACCGGCGCCAUCUUCGCCUCCGACCGAUACGUCAUCUCCCAGGCUUCCGAGCGACUGCGAUACUCCGCUGGAAACUUCUACAUCAACGACAAGUGCACUGGUGCCGUUGUUGGCCAGCAGUGGUUCGGAGGAGGCCGACAGUCCGGAACCAACGACAAGGCUGGUUCCGGCAACAUUCUGUCUCGAUUUGUUUCUAUCCGAAACAUCAAGGAGAACUUCCGAGAGACCGACAACAUCCUCUACCCUUCCAACUACAACUAA